GCAGGCACGCCUCAUCACCAGGCUCAAGAGGUGUUGGAGUGCAUGCAGGACUGGGAAUCUUUGAGAGGCAGUAAUCACUCCAGAGGCCAGAGCAGCAUGGAGAGUGGACAGAUAGUGUCCAGAAAAGGGCGGAAGCUGGGCUCCAGUCGGAGGCGGCAGACUCAAGAGGCCGCUGAUGGUAAAGAUGCCCCUGAGGUUCCAGAGGUGGAGGCCUGGUCCUCCCUGGCGGCUGCAGAACUGCAGAGCUUCUUCCAGGACUGUGGUGCCAAGGACAGGGGCUUCGUCACCCGUGAGGACUUGGCGGUGGCCAAGUUCAGCUUCCUAGGCAAUGAUGAAGCACCUGAGAUGCUCUUUGACUGGGUGGACUUGAAGCGGAAGGGACACCUCUCCCUGGAAGAAUUCAGCUCUGGGCUUAAGACUAUCUUUGGCUCCAGUUCAAGCAGCCACAGGCUCCGAAGGAGGCCACUGUCCUCUAAGCGAGGCUCCACAGUUGCCACCUUCCCGGGGCUGGAGGAGGUGGACGCCCAGGAAAAGGAGGCAUUCUCGGCCUUUGUGGCACAGCUGGGGACUGGCCACCCACUCCCUGAGCAGUCUGAGGUCUUGCAGAUAUGGGGGAAGCUUCGGCAGGAGGAGCCCCAGCUGGCAGGAGACCUGGAGGGCUUCAUGGCCAAGGUGACUGGCCACCUGCAGGAUGCUCAAGCCGACAAGGAGGUUCUCGAACUGACCCUGAAGAAGCGGGACUCUGACCACCACCACAAAGUCCAGCAGCUCUACGAGGAGAUGGAGCAGCAGAUCCACCAGGAGAAGCAGCACCUGCAGGCUGAGAGUGACUCCCGGAGCCUGGCCCUAAAUGCCCAGAUGCAAGAGGUCCUGGAGGCCAAGGAGCAGGAGGUGCAGCAGCUGGCAGAAGGCCAGAGGGAGUUGGAAGCCCAGCUGCACUCCCUCAACAACACACACCAGGAGGCUCAGUCAGAGAACCAGCAGCUUCGUGAAGCUGAGCGCCACUUGGUUGGGCAGCUGGAGGAGGCACAGGGGCAGCUGCGGAUGACCAGGAGGAAGCUGCACACCGCCAAGGGCCGAGUGUCCUGGCAGGUAGAAGAGAAACCCAGUGUCCUCAGAGCAGGUGAGAAGGCUCUGGACCCUCAGGCAGUAUCCCCUGUGGAGCAUCCCCUGCCUGGACUGUUUGGGGACACUGACGACUGGGAUCAGCUCCUGAGCAGAUUCAGCAGCCUUUCGGACAGAGCCUUGCAGAUCUCUUGGAGUCCGCCCCCAAGCCCCAGGAGCCCCUCUGGCCAGCAGACACCCCGAGUGGUCAGGCAGAUCUCCAUCUCUAAGCCACGUGCUGUGCUAUUCCAUGGGGAACCUCCCUCAGAGCCAGAUGGAGUUCCCCAGAGCCCCCCUGGGGUGCCUUCCCAGGCCAAGAAAGAGGAAGGAGGUGACCUAGAGUGGCAGGACACCCAUCCAGAGCAGCCUGUUGAGUCUCCCAGCAUAGAACCCCAGGAGGAGUCAGAGGCUGACUCUGAAACCCAUUUCUGCUGGGAGCUCCCAGGGGCCCCAACCCAUAUGCCAGGGAGCCUGGAGGCAGAUUCACAUCAGGUGCUCAUUCCCUUGGAAGGUGGACCCCCUCCUCUCAUAAACUCUCCUCCUCCCCAGCCACCGGCUGGACCCAGUGGAGAGUUCCAGGCCUCAUGCAUAGAUGACAAGGGCCCCUGGCCUGGGCCUGUCCCACCCAAACCACCCAGGCAGAGAGAGGUCUUGCAUCAGGACCUGCACAUAGCUGGUUCUGAAUGGGGUCUGGGGUCCCCAGAAGCUAGAAUGAUCACACUAGGUCUGGCAGAGGGAUCAGAGCAGGGUAAGCCUGACCCCCAUGUGCAGGAGGGCCUCUUGGGGGGGCUCAGAGAAGCUCAUGGCCAGAUCUUCAGGCCAGAGGGGCUGCCCACCAUGCCCCACCAGGGUCUAGAAGAAGUGCCCAGGGCUAAGGAGAGCACAGGGCUGGGUUUGAGAGAGCGGAAGCUCGUUUUAGAGGCCUUUGAAGCUCAAGGCCUAAAAUCUGGGCACUCAGAUCUUCCCCAGCAAGAUUCUCCACCUGUUCUCUUCCCUUCUGACAUACCAUGGACUGGGACUGAAGCAGAAGCUCCUGCUCAUGGGAAAACAUCAUCUUCCAGGAGCUCUGUCCCCAAGGGGGCUCAGUCUGAAGGUACAGAGGGGCCCCAAGAGCCCACACACACCCUCCCCACCAUGGCUGAGCUGGAAGCCCAACUCGGGCUCUCAGCCACAACUGCUCAUUCAAGAGAACAGGGCCCCCCUCAAUCUAAGGAAGCAGAGGACAGAUCUGAGGACACAGGAGUAUACCCCAGGAUGGCUGAACUGACUCCAGCUUCAGGGGGCCUCUCAGCCAGUGAGCCCGUGGUCAACCCUGAUUACAUCUUCCAUGUCAUCUUCCUGGGAGAUUCAAAUGUGGGCAAGACAUCCUUCCUGCACCUGCUGCACCAGAACGCCUUUGCUACUGGGCUGACAGCCACUGUAGGGAUUGAUUUUCGUGUUAAAAACCUGCUGGUGGACGGCAAGUGCUUUGUGCUGCAGCUCUGGGACACCGCUGGCCAGGAGAGGUACCACAGCAUGAGCCGGCAGCUGCUCCGCAAGGCCGAUGGUGUGGUGCUCAUGUAUGAUGUCACCUCACAGGAGAGCUUCAUCCACGUGCGUUACUGGCUGGAAUGCCUCCAGGACUCAGGGUCUGAUGGGGUGGUCAUCCUGCUCCUGGGAAACAAGAUGGACUGUGAAGAGGAACGGCAGGUGCCUACUGAGACUGGACAGCAGCUGGCCCAGGAACUGGGCAUCUCCUUUGCAGAGUGCAGCGCAGCCCUGGGUCACAACAUCCUGGAGCCCCUUGUGGGCAUGGCCCGGUCACUCAAGCGACAGGAAGACCGCCUGAAGGGCUCCCUGGUGGAGGUGGUCCCUGAGAGGCCUCUGAAAAAAGCUGGUUGCUGUUCCUGACCAGCCAGCCUGGCCAGGAAAGGGUGGCCUCCCUUUGGGUUGGCUGCCCCUCAACUCCCAUUACACUUGCUUGGACUCCAUGAUGACAGAGAAGGCCAGCUUGGAAGAGCAGGAACACCUCCUUGGAGUUGGGACUUGGAAUCCAGGGCCAGAGCUGCAUUAACUCUGCCCUUUGCAUUCGGGGCUGCUAAGUAUAUAAGGCUGGAGAGUGGAGUGGGGAUGAAAGCUAAAAUUUUUAAAGGAAGAGAAAGUUGGGACAUGAGAGAUAGCUCAUGGCGUAGGGUGCCUGCAUUGCAAUGUUCACAGCCCAGGUUCAAGCCCCAGUACUACAAGGGAGAUGCUAUGGCAAGAAGCUUCCAUGCUGUGGUGUUUCCCUCUCUCUCUAACCCUUCACCAUAUGUCUAUCUAUCUGAAUGGAUGAAGAAGAGUGACCCAGAGUGGUGAAACUGAUUUCAACCAAAGAUUUAAUUUCACCAAAAGAAAGGGAAAAGGUUUCUGAAGAUAACUGAAGAAAAAUACACAAUAUUGACUACAUGUCUCUGGGCGGUAAAGUUAUAGGGUGAAUGUGUAUGAGUAUUAUUUUCCUUUUCUACAUAUUUGUAUGUUCAGAUCUUCUAUAAUGAGUACAUUCGAGUAUUCUGUAUACAAACAGCAAUAAAAAAUAAAUGGUGAGGGGAAGGAAAGA